GUGAACAUUGGAUCAACUUUUAACCUUUGGCCGAAAACGCGACGCGACAGAGGUCACGUGGUGGUCCACGGCUGAUAGAUAUGCUUAUGAUCAUGAGCAGCGUCAAUCAUUAUACUCGACUUUGUGCCCAAGCAGUAGUGAGCAUGGCAGACGGCACAGAGACAUCUAGGCAGAAGGACGAGGUCUGCGUGGACUGUGCUCCCGGCGAUCAGUCUGGCGGGGAUUCACAUGACCAACCAAUCUCGAGCAAUGCUCCUCAAGCCUUUACAUCCGAGACAAUACUGGACGCUGAAGCCACUCGCGAGACGAUCAUUCCACCAACACCGGACUCAUUGCACCCGAGCAUCCUCAUCGAAUAUUGCGAUCGUUGCCGAUGGGCACCUCGAGCGACUUGGACCCAGACUGAACUCUUCCUCACUUUCCCUACACCCACACUCAAGAGCAUAACCCUUCAGCCACUCACUGCGCCAGAUACCGCCGGCAGGUUCAGGGUAUGGCUAUAUACCAACGAUGGUGUGCAGAUCCUCUGGGACAGGAAGCGUGAAGGUGGCUUUCCAGAGCUCAAAGUACUCAAGCAGCGAGUCAGAGAUGUGCUCCAACCUGGUUUACACCUGGGUCAUUCGGACAAGAGUGGCAAAACGGCCGAACACGCAGCUUGAGUCACUCCUUGCCGCCACUAUCUCGCCCAUAACGGCGCAGUUGGAUAGCUGUCCGAUUGACACGAUCGCCCCUCUGAUACGAAAGAGUCAUCAGCUGAACCGGAUUCCGACACUGGGUUGAACAUGCUGAGGUAGAAGAUGUCGAUAGCUGUCAUGUCGCAGUAACGAUCUAUCCAGGCGACUGUACUAAAUCCCGUCAGACUGCACUCGCAUACUGUAGGAUUCUGGCACAGUGUUUGUCAGUGUAUGAAUGCUCGCUAUGCAUCCUUAAAAGCACCGCUGUGCCAUCCUCGUCGUCGUUGUCAUCGAUGUCCCUCUCUGCCGUCUGCCGAAGCGCUUAUGCUACCGCCCAACGCCAUUUUUUGCUUCCG